AUGAGUCUACCCGGUAGUGGCGUGGACAUGUCGGCGCUGAUGUCGCAGCACCCCGUGUUGGGCGCCAUCCCUCCGGCCUUCUUCCUCAGGGCGUCGGAAAGGUACCAGCGGACGCCGAAGUGUGCGAGAUGCCGCAACCACGGCGUGGUGUCGGCCCUGAAAGGACACAAGAGAUACUGCAGGUGGCGCGACUGCAACUGCGCCAAAUGCACUCUGAUAGCGGAACGGCAGCGCGUGAUGGCCGCACAGGUGGCCCUGCGACGACAGCAGGCGCAGGAAGAAAACGAGGCCCGUGAACUGGGCAUCUUGUUUCCAGCCCCAGGACCACAGCCCGUGGCCGACUCCGCCGUCCCUCAGCCCCCAGUUUCCACGGCCGCCUCCGAGAUGGGCAUCGCGCCGCUCAUGCAACGGACGGCGUUCACAACUUCAGCGUCGGACUCCUCUGAGACCUCUAGUCCAACUUCCAAAAGGCCUAGAAUCAACGUGGAAGACUGCUCCCUGGAGGAGUCCGACUCCUCCGACCAAGAAGACAUCAAAAGAAGCCGCCAGACCUCCCCCUUAAUCCAACCACCCGCUCCCCUGGCGCCCACACCAUCACCAGAACCCGUGACAAGUCCCGAUCCAGACUUAGACGUAGAAGACGACGCCGAAGGGGAAGUUCCUGAGAACCUUUCGGUGAAAAGAGAGAAACAGCCCAGUCCGGAUACUUCUCCACUUGCCCAACAAAUUCAGAACUUCAUGCCAUACCACCAGCAGUUCUCACAGUUUCCCACGCAGUACCAGCCGCCGUACACUACCCAGCGGAGUCCCAUUGACGUGCUCAUGAGGGUGUUUCCGGGCAGGAGACGGUCGGACGUUGAGUCCAUAUUACAAAGAUGCAAGGGAGACGUCUUGCAGGCCAUGGAGUUGAUGGUAAGCGGCGGCAACCACGAAGAGGUCUCCGCCCCCUCUGCCUUCUCCCCUCUAGGUCCCCCACCAAACUUCCACCGCUACAGCCCCUCCAGGAGGUUCCUUUCGGCGCCAUACGCGGGCACCGGAUACCUUCCUACGGUCAUCCGACCGCCUCCAGAGUACCUAAGUCUAGUAGGCCAGAUGCACGACCUCUACAAGGCGGAGAACGCGACGUCGGCGUCGUCGCCGGGGUCCAAUACGGGCUCCGACAAGACCAGCUACUCCGAAUAG